AUGGCCGGCUCCGGCGGCUCUCCCGACGCCGACGAUCCCAAUUGCGGCGGAGAUGAGGCUGAGCCCUCCAGGACUCCUCAAGAAUCCGACGACCGCUACUCCGCGCCCGCCUCCCCUCUCAGCACUCGCCCGUCCGGUCAGUCCCCGGGGACCUCGGUCGUCGCCAACGAGGGCUCCGCCUCGUCCUCCGCCACGGGAUCUGAUGACGAAGACGUGCCCACAGACAGGUACAAGAACCCCGCCGCCGCUUCCUUCCUCUUGGGACCGUCGAGCAGCACCAUGGGAGCGUCCUCCUCCUCCUCCUCCUCGGACAGCUGGAUCGGCAGCGACCGUACAUGCGGCGGCGCCUCGACUUCCAGCUCUCUGGACGCCUCCAACUACAUGGGUUUCUACAGGAACCCACCCUCUGAGUGGAUGUAUACUCAGAUUCUAGAGUCUUCUUUCGGGUGGAACGAGUACGAGACUUGUGAUGAUAUGAGGGCUUAUUCUGGGAGAGAUAAGUACGAGCCAUCACAAAAUUUCAGCAGCACAAUUCAUCAAAAGGCACCUUUAUCAGCUCUAGCAGCUACGCUUAUAAGCGAGAAUAUGAAAGCUCAAACCUAUAAGCUUUUGGCUAAUUACUCUGUAUAUCGGGAAAUAUGUCCAGAUGGGAACUGCUUUUACAGAUCUUUCAUAUUCUCGUAUCUUGAGCAGCUGGAAGCAUCUGCUAACGAGGAACAACGGUUAUUUUGUGUACUUGAACCAAUGGGGGAGAAGUUUCAAAGUCUUCAUUGGUUUGAUUCAUAUUCUGAUCUUCAUAUUGCUUUUGUGUGCUUCAUACUGGAAUGUGUGGAACAAACAUGA